CCCGCCAUUUUAAAAGACUAGAUGCUAAACGUUUCGACGUUUGAACGAAGGGCUGUUUCAGGAUGGCAACGGAAGUUUUGAACUUUUUACCAUCAGAGGUUGCAAGAUUAGUGUUAGGUUACUUGUCAGAUGAGGGAUAUGUGAAUUCUUACAAGUGCUUCAUUAAAGAAUGCCCACAUCUUCAGGAGUACCUCACUUUAAAGAGGCGGGGUCAGAAUUAUCCCCUACAUGUCAAUGGCUUGACCCUCAACCAAAUGCUGCAGGAAUACGCUCAGUAUAAACUGACAGAUACACAAAGAAGGCAAACAAUGGGGAAUGCAGCUCUGUGGUCACAACUGGAUGCUGUAGUGAGGACUUUGAAGGAACACACAGCAUCUAAGCAAAAUCGCAAUGCUGAUGGAGUUACUCAGAGCACAAGAGUAAGGCGCAUGUUGAUAGAGAAAAAACGCAGGCGAGAAACUGAGCGACGUCAGCGAAAACUGGAUCUGUGUAGUAAAAUCUCAGCCACCCAAGCAAAUGAAAGGUUCACUGACUCAAGUGAAAAAUUAGGAGUGGGCGUGACAGACAGUGAAAUGUCAUCAGAGGAGCCACCAGAGGCGGGGCAUUGUGGAGUGUUGACCCCGCCCACCGAUACUGACACCAGAAAAGACAAUGGUAGGAUUAGAAGGUCACAGGAAGAGAUCAGUAGGAGAUCUGUGGACACAGAUAACAGAGAGACAGAGUUUAUCUUACAUUCUGCCCCUCCCUCUGUUUCCUCCCAUCACAAAAACUCAGUGCAGAGGUCCAACUCUGUAUCAGAUUUAUUACACAACUCAGCCAAAAAACUACACAGAAUGCGAGGCACUGUAGAUAGCAGGAUAGAAGGAAUAGCAUCUAAAGACUCAGACUCGCAGAAAAACCCAAAAAGAAUGCUGAGCCAAAGUGAUCAAGAUAAUUCUGGUGCAAUACAGCUUAAGUCAGGUAAAGGUGAAUCAGAAGACAAAGAUGAUGAAAAUUCUAAGGAAGCAAACAAAAUCAGGAAUACUAGUAGACAGGACAAAGACACAGGAGAGAACUAUGAUGUUUUUCCCAGUGAACAAAACCAAGUCAGUGAAAACAUUCCAGAUGAUACGUCAUCAAAGAAAGUAGAAUUGACAGCAGUGUUGUCUAAUUCUGUGAUAAGUUUUCAGAGCAAGAAAGAGGGUUUAAAAGACCAUAUGAACAUGCCCUGUGAACUGACAAGAAGUCAGACUAUGUCAGAUGGUCUGGGCAUGUCAAGUCCAAAACCAGGGAAUCUUGUAGAGGAACAAGAUAACAACAUUGAGGUCCUGGGAGGUGUGCUGCCAGGGUUACCUAUUGUAGAGAGUUUACAGUCAAGCGUGGAACAACCUUCAACUUCAAAAUGCAAGGAGAUGGAUAGUCGAAGUGACCAGAGAGUUGUCCAGCAAACAUCUUCUGAGGAAAAUAGCCAAGAGUCAUCAGAAUCGGGACAGCCUAAGACUCCUGAGCAGAUGGUCAUUCCCUUCCAGCAGGCCCUGAAUUUGACCGAGAGGAUGACCACUCCUUUUCAACAGGCUAUUAACUUGACCGAGGUAGGAAAAAUUCCUGAGGCACCACAUACACCUGUAAAACAGACUGACGAGACAUCACAGACAAACAUAGAUAGAACUCCACGUAGAAAGAGGCUACCAAAACAAAAGAAGAAUCGGGGGAAAGGCAACUCAAGUUUAAAUGACAGCAACAAAAGCAGAGAUGAAAAUUCUCUUUUGGUAGAAAACAUAACACUCUUCUUUAAUGAGUUAAUAAACAACUCCUUACUUCAUGAACGCCUAGCAGCAAAUAUAAACAAAACACUGGGUUUGGAAACAGUGGAAAGACGUACAAGAAAAAAGUCGGAAAAAUUACAAAACAUCCCUGCCAGUCCAAAAUCAGAUAAGCCAGAAAAACCAGAGAUAGCACCUACACCAGGGGAGUCGGAACCAGAUAAAAUACAGAGUGUAGAUCUGCAGGAGGGACUAAAUGUACUGUUGGAUGAUAUCCUCAAUAUGAAUGAGACCCAGAUGACCGAGGUCCAGAUAGGGGGAAUUAUAGAACGUACCAGCAAGGACCCCAACUUUGAAUCCUUAUUUAACCUCUUUCAAGAGCCUCAUUCUGCCUCAGAAAAUCAGAAGACAGAUUUUAGUGGGAUCAAGCUGGAAAUGGGGAAAGAAGCAACGAUCACCAACCAGAGUCUUCCAUCAUUUACAGAGCCCAUAGACUGCCCAGAUCCCAGCAACACUACAAGUGAAGAGAAUCUCAUCAUGGAAAUACUACAGUCCCCCCAGCCGGGUCCCUCACAAAACUGCUCAUACCAAAAAGGUGUAUUGGACCAGACUACAAACUACCAGAAAGCGGAGACUGCUACAAAUGUCUCUGGAAUGGAAUGGAGUCCUGCUCACCUUAACAACAACUUGACUGCUUCUACGCCUACCUCUACAUCCACAGUAGCGAUUGUGUCGUGGGGACAGAGUCAAACUGUGUCGAGAAAUAUUUUUGAAUCAGUUCAGCCAUUGAUAGAUAAUCUUCCUUCUCAGAGAGCCCCAGAAACAAAUGAACCUACCUGUGAUCAGGAUCGUGAACAGACGAAGCGCACAGAUGUAAUGCAUAAUAAAUGUGAUAGUCCCAAACCACAGUUGAUUCAACUUGGAAAUUCUGUCCCAUUGGCUUCAGGACAAGAUACUGUUGGAAGUCAGCAGCAACCUGUAUGUUCUUCAGUGGUGAUUUUCUCCUCUGGAAAUUCAGCUGCCAGUAGCAUACAGAAUUGUUCAGCUGUUGCUAUAGCAGGAAUAUCUUCAGGACCCGUUUUGAGUCUUAUCAACAGUGUCAUGUCCCCUUCAGUCAGAAAAGAACCCAAUCAAGGUGGAUCUCCAUCCAUAAACGACAGUAUUGUGCCAUGCCAGUCACCAAAGAUUGGUGAAAAUGUGAAAGGUCAAGAGGUCAUUUCUUCUAGUCCACAACCAUUUACAAAGUUGACAAACAAAAUAUAUGUAAAUGUUCCUUGUGAUGUUCAGCAAGGUAAAAAUUCACCGGUGCAUUCCCCUGCUCAGAGAAAAACAUUGACAAAUCAAAUGUUAACACCUUUACAAAGUAUUGUUCCAACAACAUUACACCAGUCUCCAAAAUUCUCACAGAGUAAUGCUGUACAGUCACCAUUCCAUGUGAGUGAAAAUUGUAGAAGUUUAGCGUUACCUCAUCAAAAUUCGGGACAAUCAUCAACUCUUUCCGCAGAUUCACCUCAACCAAAUGUCGCAUUGCAUGUUUCUGACAAUUACACCGACUCCCAGCAGCCAAAUGUCUCUGAACAGGGGUUUCAGAAACAUAGUGAAGUGAUAUCAUGUAAUGAAAGUAUGCCUUCAGUUAAGGGGACAGAUUCAGAAAAGUGCAAUACACCCAAAAAUACUCGUGAGAGAUCUAGUCACUCAAAACCUGGAAAAGUAGAUAAAGACAAAUCAUCCUCAAAGAAAGCUAGAGCAGGUGGUAGCCGAUCCUUAAAGUCAUCCAAAGAUCAAAUUAGCACAGAUAUGGUGGAGACUUUUGAGACAUCAGUAUCAGAGGCCCAUGGAUUCCCUGUGAUUUCAGUCAAGAGUGUGAUGAAAUCCCCCCAGGAAGCCCCUCUGGAGAUGGACAGAAAUCUGACAACAGUUACAGACCCUGGUCGUCCACCUAUGUCAUACCAUUCCUUUAUCAAUGGGGUUGCAGGGGAGGAGUGUAGUACUCCAGUGACAGAGAGAGCUGGGGCCAGGGAUAGCCCCCACACUUCACACAGUACUACCAACAGUGGGGUGUUCUCAGAGAUGAUGGAUUUUGUCUCCACACUGGAAAAAAGCAUUUCUAGAGAGUCCAGCAGUAAAAAGAGAAGUCCUAAAGACAAAAGUGGAAAAAGAAACAGCAGUAAGAAGAAGAAAGAAGGCAAAAAUGAAACUGAUUUUGCUUCACCAACAAAGAAAUGUCAAUGGUCACCAGAUUUAAAGGCACUGAUAAAACUGGUGACUCCUGAAAAGAAGGGAAAAACCAAAGGAAAGAAAAGUAAAAAGGUUGUCUUGUCUGCAGAUAAACGUAGAAAUCCGAAAAGAAAAGUCCGAAAAAGUAAUGAGGAAAACAUCAGAAAAGACAAUAAUGAACCAGAGAUCACAUCCAAAUCAUCAGAACAACAUGGUGUGUUACCAUCAAUAAAAAACUCAAAGGUCAUCCCAGAACCUGGAUCAGAGGUCAUCCCAAAACCUGGGUCAGAAGACAUCCCAAAACCUGGGUUAGAGAAUAUCCCAAAACCUGGCUCUAAGGUCAUGCCAAAACCUGAGUCAGAGGUCAUCACAAAAUCUGGAUCAGAGGUUGUCCCAAAACCUGGAUCAGAGGUCAUCCCAAAACCUAGCUCUGAGGUCAUACCCAAACCUGGGUCAGAGGUCUUCACAAAUCCUGAGGCAGAGGUCAUCACAAAACCUGGUUCAGACAUCAUCCCAAAACCUGGGUCAGAGGGCAUUCCAAAACCUGAAAUCAUGAAUAACUUGUCAAUGCCCUCAAUUUAUAAUUUCAUGUCACCUGUACAAAUCACAAGUGGUAGCACACAAAACAUUGCUGGGAACAUUUCCAGUGAGGUUGGACUAACACCCAAGACUGUGCUGACAGCAGUGUCUGCUCUGAAAGACAACAAUAAACCCUCUUCAAGAAAGUCUUUACCAGUUCAUCAAAAUACAGAACAGGAUAUUGGAUUAAGGGUUAAAGAAAAAUCAACUGUCAAAGUUCCAAGUUCUCAGGCAGCAUCAAAUGCUUUGUCUUUCCCUGCAAGGCACAAUACUGAAGGGUCACAACAGAUGAAUGCUGUUGAUCAGGAUGACGGGAGGAUGCUAGAUGAUGGGGAAACAGACUACAGUAAAAUUCCAUACUCACCUAACCAAGACUUUCUUGCCUCACCUGUGCGUUACCAUAGUCCAGACCUUGCUGUUUCUCAUGGAAACCAGUACUAUGAACAUGUGUCAUCUAGUCAGUUUGACAGUCCAAGUGUAGCCGUGCCACAUGCCAGUCAAAUACUCACACCCACUCUAUAUACACUAGCUAACACAACAUCUCAAAACACACCUAUUUUUUCAGACACUGCAUCUGUUGCAACUAGUGAAAAUGUGUAUUCUAGUGGGAUGACAUAUAUACAGAAUACUGCGCCAUAUCAGGGACAAGUUAUAACUGUAACAGACCCAGCACUGCAUUAUAAUACAGUGUACAUUGACAGUAAAGGAACUCCCGCUGUGAUUCAGACAGGCUUUGAUUCAUCAGGACAGAAUGUUGUGCCUGCAGCAGAGCAGGACAUUAUCUCAACUCAGGCACCUGUGAUGGAUAUUUUAUCGGCUGCUGCUUCAGUGAUAACUUCAAGUCCCCUGGAGACAGUUGAUGGUGAACAGUUAAACUCUACUCCGGAGAGGAAGGACAAAGAAGAAAGUUUGGGACAGCUUAUUGCCAUUCCAGUGGGACGAUAUUAUCCGGAGAAAAAACUCCAUGUAAGAUCUCUGGAUUUUGGUCCAGAUGCUGGAACAGUAGAAAUCCGAAAACCAGGUUAUGGCAGGGGACGCAAGAAGAAGACCUACAGUGAUAUUAAAAGCCCUGUAAAACCAGGGGGACUCAUGAAUAAACAGUCCAAGGGAAAAGCAAAGAGUAAAGAUGAUGUGAAAGGAAAAGCAAAAACAGAUAAAAAAGAUGAUGGGAUAUGUAAGAAGCAAACCAAUGUCCAGGUGAAAGUUAUAGAAAAAAAGGAUAUAGUUGUUGAACACACAGAAUUGAAGAACUUUGAAAAGGACGAUUUAAUUCCAGAUGCUUCGGGUUCUGUAUACAUUGUAGAAGGAAACACCAGAAAGAAAAUUAAGUUAAACAAGACACCACGUCCAAUAAGAACUGUGUCACCUUUCUUUUUGCCUAAUGCAUUUGACUUGGCUUCGGGCAUUAUUCCAGUUAGAUCAGAGAUUUACAAGAAGGGGGGAAACAUUACUGUCCCUGCUGGGGUAAUUAUGCCAAAAUUUGAGCAGUUUUCCUCGGGAAGUGUUGAAGGAGGAGAUAGUGAUGUAGAUGUUGAUGGGGACUGCGAAUUGCCAGAUUUAUCUCCAGAGCCUCUAAGUACUGGUACACCUGUGUCCAAAUGUUCAGAAUAUGUACAGAGAACAGAGAAUAUACAUGUAACUCCUGAAAAAUUUUCAUCUGUGGGUGUUGACAACCAUACUAAAAAAUCUUCAUCAGUGAUCACAAUUUCAGAUAGUUGUGAUAGUAAUGCAAGCAGGAAACCAAAUAGUGAUUCAAAGAGAAGAACUUUAAACACAGGGUCCACCAGUGUGGACAGCAACCCAUCAUCUGUGAGAAGCUUCCAUGGGAAGCCAAGUGAUAUUUAUAGUAGCAACAGUAAUUCCCUCCCAGAUCUGGAAAGUCCUGGACCCCUGAUCAACAUGUCAACUCCCCCAAAGAAAAGAAUCACAGCUUCACUGAAACAUGGAGGGGGUUGUUACUUUUUCUCAACUGCCUCCCAGGAAGGAAAGAAUCAAAUAUCAACUGUGGAGUCACGAGAAUGUGAUACCACAAAGGAGGUGACAAGAGUGUCCAAGUCUCCACGAACCCCAAAGGGAAAACGAACGCCCAGUAAAGCUGUCAGGCAGAGCCCACGACUGAUUGGAAGUCCUGGCCGUCUGUUACGAAGUGUGGUCUCACCUUCAAAAAUUAAUCCACAAAGAGUAACAUCCCCCAAGUCGGUGACGAAAAAGAAAGGAGUGAAAAGACUAAGAGAGAUAACUCCAGGAGAGCCAAGCAAGACAGAGAGAAAAAGUAAAAAGGCACGAAAUGGGAAAAGAACAGUUGACCUGAGUAAAGUGGACUUUGAUAAAUUCCUCAAUAAAAUACACAAGGCAUAAGAUGCCUUUCCUUAGUGAAUGAAAAGACAUGGAUGUGAUGAGCUAUGAUGAACAGUGACAAAGUUUACAAACAUUGUAAAGGGAUAUUUAAAGAGAGACACUCCAUGGAUCAUAUUCAUAUUUAAUUAUUUAUUUAUACUUGAAAUUAAUUAGACUUUCCCUGUAGUUAUGUUAUGCCUGCCUGGAAUGUGAAGAUACACUGUUUGCUUUUGUUGUCGAUCACUGUGUGUGGCUCAGUAAAUUAUUUAUUUCU